AUGUCAGGUCCACCUCAGAACUCUAUAGCGUUAUCCAUGUACAAUGUGUACAGGAGUAACAGGUCACUUGUGUUGAACUCAUCCUAUAUCAUUUUGAUCACGGCGGCGUUUUCCGGUGCUACCAACACAGGCGGUAGAAAUAAACGCAAAUCAAAUGCUCCAGAGGAGGUGAAUUUGUCCAAAAAGCCUCCUAAGAUUUCACGAGAAGCUGCUCGCCGUCUUUUCAAAUCGGCUAUACCCUCUUAUACAGAUACAGCGAUGCAAUACCUUUACGUUCAUUUGGUGUUAUUGGUUGUUAGGGCGUUCUUAACGAUCAAAGUUGCCAGUUUGGAUGGUAUGUUGGUUGGUGCCUUGGUUUCAAAACGUUUAAAACGGUUUGGUCAAUUGCUUGCGUACUGGAUGUUGCUCGGGAUUCCAGCGUCGGUGGUCAAUUCCAUGUUAUCUUGGACGAAGGAUAACUUUCGCAAGAAUUUGCGUAUCAACAUGACGAAUAGCAUAGUUGAGGACUACCUUCCAGAUAACCUUGACCCAAACUACUAUUCGCUCAUCCAAUUAUCCGAUAACAAGAUAAAGGACCCAGAUCAGCGUAUUUCGACCGACGUUUCUCGCUUGGCAGCAGCUCUUGCUUCGUUGCCAGGACAGCUUUUGAAACCUACUUUGGACAUGCUUCUCUGUGCCAGAGAGUUAUCAAAAAGCGGUGUCGGUUCCGGUGAAGGUACUCUUGCCUUGGGUAUUUUGACUCACUUUUCUACCAUUAUUUUGCGGUUCUUUUCUCCACCAUUUGCCAAAUUGGCAGCAGAAAGGGCUAAUUUGGAAGGUCAGCUCCGUUCUGCACAUUCCAAGAUUGUCACCAACAACGAAGAAAUUGCACUUUUGCGGGGUCAUUCUCGUGAGUUGGACUACAUUGAUUUCUGCUACUAUCAAUUGGAAAGGUUCCUGAAAAUGGAAUAUUGGAAGAAAGCGGUGCAUGAAAUUGCACAAACAUUCAUCGUGAAGUACUUCUGGGGAGCAGCCGGUUUGGUCCUCUGUUCAGCACCUGUUUUCAUCAACAAAUACAUGGGGAAAGAGCCUGAUGUGAAUGCUUCGGCAGACUUCAUCACCAACAGAAGAUUAUUGAUGAGUGCUUCAGACUCUCUCGAUAGGUUGAUAUACUCAAGAAGGUAUCUUUUGCAAAUAGUUGGACAUGCAACCAGAGUUUCCGAUUUCCAAGAUGUGCUACAUGAGAUAAAAGUUAAGAAGAGCGGUGUUAGUGGAGACCUUACCAAUGCCAAAAAUGUUCAAUUCGGCGACGAAAUCACAUUCAAGGAUGUGAGGUUGGUUACUCCCGCAGAUGUCACCUUAAUUGAGAGACUUAACUUCAGUAUCAAGCAUGGACAACACUUGUUGAUUGCAGGACCAAAUGGUUCUGGAAAAUCAUCAUUGUUCAGAAUGCUUGGAGGUUUAUGGCCUUGUAAGGAAGGUGAGAUCACAAUUCCCACUUCAGAGAACAUGUUUUACUUGCCUCAAAGGGCAUACAUGUGCAAUGGAAAUCUUCUCGAACAGAUCAUAUACCCACACACGGUUGAGCAGUAUACCGCAGCUCAAGAGAAGGGCGGCAAGGAUGAUGGUGACUUGGAAGAAAUACUUCAGAUUUUGGAGUUGGAUGAGUUGCUCAAUGGUUUGCGUCCAUUAUAUGCUUCGAGAAAUUGGGAAGAAGAGUUGUCUGUCGGGGCACAGCAGAGAUUGGCAAUGGCAAGAUUAUACUACCAUCAGCCCAAGUUUGCUGUUUUGGACGAGUGUACUUCUGCAGUGUCGCCAAAGAUGGAACAAUUCAUGUACAAACACGCACAAGAAAUGGGUAUUUCACUCUUGUCGGUUGCUCAUAGACCAGCAUUGUGGCAUUUCCAUAAUUACUUGCUCAAGUUUGACGGAAAAGGUGGGUACUUUUUCGGCGAAUUGGAUGCCACCCGUAGACUCAAAUUUGAGGAGGAGCGGUUGGUAUUGGAGAAAAACUUGAGAGAUGUUCCUACAUUGAGGGAUCGUUUGCAUGAGUUGAAGAAGGUUAGUAACGCACAACAUUUGCGUUAUGACAAUUCGCACAAGAAUUUGACUGAUUUAGCGAAGCCUCAGUUAACCUCGAAGUAG